AACGGGCAUCGUUCAACAAGUCGCGCGCUCGCUUUCCGCGGCCGGGGCUCGCCGAUCGACGGGAUUACGGCGCCUCCGCCAAAAGCUACCAAAAAUUUUCACCGAAAUUAUUUCAUCCACAUAAUCUCACAAUUUUUUCCAUUAAACUUAAAAUCAUAGAAAAGUGACGCGAAAAUGUCGUUGGCAAUUCGAAUAAAACAGUUACAUGUGCCCAAGUGCAAAGGGGAGAAAAUCAUCAAAGUCGAAUUUCGAGGAGUUUCGCAUACUAAACUUCUUGAAGACACUGGUGAAGAAGUGAUCGUCAUAAACGAGAGAUACGACUGGCCUGUUGCGCGACCUGUUGACGGCGUCGAGGUGCUAACGAUCGAGCUCUUCGUCCGCAGUCGACUCUUCGCCGAUAAACUUCUGGGCACCUACGGUGUGGUCCUCCAGCGCGUCGUGCGCGAUUCCCGUGUCUCUGUCAACGACUGCCUGGUGGACGACAGCAACCGACCUAUUCCGGUUAACAUCCACUUCGACUUGUUAUACACCGCCCCGGAUGAAGCCAGCCUGUCCUUCGCCGGCAGCCAAGCAUACGGCAUGUUCGAGGACGAUCAACAAAUGCUCAUCAACAUUGAACAGAACAUCGCCAACCUGGAGCGCACGCUAGCUGAUCAAAGUCAACGUCAGCAGGAGACCGCGUCCGGAAGCCAUGACCGGAAGCGACGCAGCACGUCGGAGAAAGCCGCAACUCUCGAGAAACCAGAGCGGAAAAAAAGCAGCACGUUUAAAACGGUGCGGAAUUUAAUUAGAUUAGGCAAACAACGCCCCCCAAAAGAUACCAACACAACCGACGACGAAGAAAAUGCUCUCCUGCCCGAAUCCGGCAGAAAUUCACGACAAUCCGAAUGCGAAUCAACUCCAAUGUCUCGCGCCUGCAGCCAAACAUCACUAGACUCCAACGCCGAUAGCCAAGUUUCCGUUUCCAUCGCUGAACGAGGUCGCAAAACAACAAGAAUAAAAACCGAUUUGAAAUCACGCGUGCAGUCCGUCCUCAAAGCCCAAGACUUCCAAGUCUGCUUAACCAUCAUUGAGGCGCGUCAACUCGCAGGACUCAACAUGGAUCCAGUGGUGUGCAUCCAAGUCGGCGACCAACGCAAAUACACCAGCGUCAAGGAAAGCACGAAUUGUCCGUACUACAACGAAUACUUUGUCUUCGACUUCCACAUGCCUGCAAUAAUGUUAUUCGACAAGAUAAUCACGUUAUCGGUGCUGCAGUCGCGCAGCGUACUCAGGGCCAAUAAAUUGUUGGGCUGCUUUAAGUUAGACGUGGCGACUGUCUGGGCGCAGCCAGAUCACCAGUUCUACCACAAGUGGGCGCUGCUUACUGACCCGGAUGACAUUGCUGGUGGACCGAAAGGUUAUCUAAAGUGUGACAUCAGUGUCAUUGGCAAAGGCGACAGUGUUAAAGUGCCUCCGAAGAGCGAAAAAGACGAAGAUGACAUUGAAGCUAAUCUACUUCUCCCUGAUGGAGUGCCUAUCGACAGACAAAGAGCCCGAUACAUUGUUAAGAUUUAUCGCGCCGAUGGCCUCCCGAAAAUGAAUUCUUCUAUCAUGGCCAAUGUUAAGAAAGCUUUCACAGGCGAAGUGAAUGAUUUAGUCGAUCCAUACGUACAAGUCUCCUUUGCUGGACUUAUGGGUAAAACUAGCGUGAAAAAACAUAGCUACGCACCUGUAUGGAACGAACAAUUGGUCUUCACCGAAAUGUUCCCACCUCUAUGUCAACGCAUCAAAAUUCAGCUCCGGGACAACGAUCCAGUGAAGCCCACGGUGAUCGGAACGCACUUUAUAGAUCUGAAACAGAUCGCGAACGACGGCGAAAAGGGCUUCCUACCCACCUACGGCCCGGCAUUCAUCCAUCUCUACGGCUCCACACGUGACUAUUCCCUUAUCGAUGAACUUAGUUCGCUCAACAGCGGCCUGGGUGAAGGUGUAUCUUAUCGCGCACGUGUACUAAUUGCCAUCCGGACGGAAAUCACCGAUCAAGUUGACUUUGUGCCCACCGAGGUGGAGUUGGAGCCGACCGUUCCAAUUAACGAGGCGUCCUAUGGGAAGAAUGAAGAGUUUUUCCUCUUUACGAGUAUUCUAGAUGCGAGUAUGUUGGAGAAACGUCUGGGGGACAAGCCGGUCUACUUCGAGAUCAGUAUUGGUAAUGCUGGUAACGCGAUAGACGGGCAUAAUCAGUCGGCGAAGAUGGAGAGUUGGGGCAAUGAGGAGGACAGUGAUGAAUUGGAAAGCGUGUCGGUGGAUAGCGGAAGUUGGUUGAGUACAACAUCCCCGACCAAGCCGAUGACACACGACAAACUGCACUACUUUAUGCCCUACUGGGACAACAAACCGUGCAUGCACGUGCGGAGCGUUUGGCCUGACUAUCGACGCCGGAUGUACAAUUCAAAUAUAAUCGGAAAAAUCGCUGAAAAACUCGAGGAAGGUUUGAAUGAAGUUCAUGCAUUAAUGGACGCUGAUAACUCCGAAAUGGAACAACGCCUGAAACAAGUCUUGGAUGAGUUAUCAGCAGGUUGUAACAAAUAUGUUACGAUUUCCAAAGCGUCUACGAGCGGGCCGGGCACAGGGAAAACAAAACUGGACAAGGAGCACUUAAAACUAUGCCAGCGUGAAAUGGAACAAAUUGCUACCGGCUCGAGAAAUCUGCGCGCUUUGGUCACAAAAAGCUCAUUCAAGGAGAGAUACAAAACGUCACUUACGUAUCUGGCAAAGACGAAACUUUUAGUUGAUGAUCCGCAACAUGCGUUACCGGAUGUGUUUCUGUGGAUCAUCAGCGGGGGAAAACGACAAGCUUAUCAUCGCAUCCAGGCUCGGGAUAUUAUCUACUCGAUUGUGGAUGAGGAAAGUGGGCGGGAUUGCGGAAAAGUUCAAACGAUGUUUUUACAGUUACCUGGCAAAAAAGGUCAAGGACCAAGCGGCUGGGCAAUCCAAGCCAAACUUGAGAUCUACUUGUGGAUGGGAGUACUCAAGCAUAAGAAGUACUUCGUCGACGGAAUUCCCAAAGGCUACGAGUUAUCCCAGGAACUCCGAAAUGCUGAACGCCCGAGGGCGCUUCCGCCAUGCAUCGUGCAUUACAAUGAAAAACACAUCUUUCAACUUCGCGCAAAUAUCUACCAAGCUCGUUCAUUAAUCGGCUCCGAUGCUUCCGGGUUAUCCGAUCCGUUCGCGAGGAUAAUCGCUGGUGAAUUUAGUAAAACCACUCAAGUAAUUGAUGAGACCCUAAGUCCCACCUGGGAUGAACUUUUAAUAUUCGAAGAGAUAUUAGUAUAUGGUGACGGGGAAGAGACAAAAGAUCCACCGGCAAUAAUCAUCGAAAUCUUUGAUCAAGACAAAGUCGGAAAAUCUGAAUUUAUUGGCCGAGCAAUUGCUAAACCACAAGUUAAGCUAAGAUAUGAGCAAUAUGCAAAACCAAGGUUUCCAGCUGCGCUUGAAUGGUUUGAUAUUACACGGGGAACAGAUCGUGCUGGAGAACUUUUGGCAGCUUUCGAAUUAUUAGAGUUACCGUCAGAUGACUCUCCACCACUACCAGAUAUCCCGAUGUGUAAGGAACGCCCAAUGUAUAAAGAUACAGAUCCAAAAGACAUGGGGCCUAUUCUUCCGGUCCCGCGAGGAAUACGCCCCACUUUAUCCCGAUACAGAAUCGAAGUGCUUUUCUGGGGAUUAAGAGACCUCAAAAGAAUUCAUCUCCUCACCGUGGACAAACCCCGCGUGGACAUUGAAUGCGCCAGUCACAUUCUCAACUCUUCCAUCAUACAGAAUGCAAAGAAGAAUCCCAACUUUGCUAUGCCGGUUAAGUUCUUAGAUCUGGACCUUCCCGAACAGGAACUCUACCGACCUCCUUUGACCAUCCGCGUGGUUGAUUGUAGAAGUUUCGGAAGGUAUACCCUUGUGGGCACGCAUACAAUCAACUCCAUACAAAAAUACACCUAUACUCCAAUCACAAAACGAGAUAAAGACGCAGAGGAACGUAAGUCCUUAAAUCACUUGAGAGCUUUAGAUACCAAUGUGGAGUUACAAACCACACCAAAUCACUUCUCAAUGCCGAAUGACAUCAGAGAACGCAGUCCAUUACUACCAAAAGACAUGAAUUUCGCGUCGUUGUCCACGUAUGGUACAGAUAUACGCCCGGAUCGUAAUAAAAAGAUAAAGAAACGAAAACAUAGCAUAGAAGAGGAUAUGGAGGAUGAAGAGGGUAGUAGGGAUUGGUGGACCAAAUAUUUCGCAUCUGUUGAGGAGAUGAUUAAUGAAUCCAAGGAGGCAAAGCGUUUGAAUCAGGAGAGUACGUCGAUGUUACUCGCCGCCGAGGAGAAUGCUCAACUGAUGGAUAAAAGCCCCAACGAGACUAAACGACGCUUCGGGUUCAAGACCACCGCAAAUGCGUCCAAGUUCGUUUCGAGGAUUAGUCCCAAGUCGGUGCGGAAACGGGUUAAACGAAAACCGCUGUGUAAGGUGUAUCCGACUGAACUAGAACAGAGGCAUGAAUUCAGCGGGUUUAAAGAAUGGCUGCAUUCGUUCGAACUCUACCGAGGGAAGAAAACAGGAGAUGAAACUGAGGACGACAGUCGUAUUGUUGGCUUAUUCAAGGGUGCAAUAAAAGUGUAUAAAUGGCCGCUACCAAAGGAUGUGGAAGACCACACGAUAAUGGGCUUUGAUCCACAGUAUGGAUUUUUCCAAGGACUACCCUCCAAUGACCCAAUCAGAGUUUUGGUGCGCGUGUACAUAGUAAAAGCCAACGAUUUACAUCCGAUGGAUCUGAAUGGUAAAGCAGAUCCCUACAUUUUACUCCAUUUAGGUUCGAAACGAAUUAGCGACAAGGAAAACUACAUUUCGAAACAAUUGAAUCCUGUUUUGGAAAGUAAGUGUUUCGAGGUGGAGGCAACAUUCCCUCAGGAUUCACUCCUGACUGUGCAAAUAUUCGAUUGGGACCUUGUGGGAUCCGAUGAUAUGGUGGGCGAAACCAAAAUCGAUUUGGAGAAUAGAUUCUAUAGUAGACACAGAGCCACGUGUGGACUACCAUCGAAAUAUGAAGAGAGCGGUUACAACAGUUGGCGUGACGCAAUGAAACCGACCCAAAUCCUCGCGAAAUUAUGCAAAGACGGCAAAGUGGAUGUCCCUACCUACGGAGAUGGAGAAGUGCGCAUCGGCCGGUAUACAUUUAAUCUCCAAACGGAAGAUUUUGACUUCUACACCACCAAAGACGUGGAGGAACACAUGGCGCUAGCUGUAUUACACAGAUGGCGAGAGUUUCCACGUAUUGGAUGCGAUUUGAUCCCGGAGCACAUAGAAACGCGGCCGUUGUACAACCCGGAUAAGCCGGGUAUCGAGCAGGGGAAAAUCGAGAUGUGGGUUGACAUGUUCCCGAUGGACAUGCCUUUGCCCGGCCCUCCGUUGGAUAUAUCUCCGCGUAAACCCAAGAGUUAUGAGCUGCGGGUUAUCAUUUGGAACACGGACGAUGUCAUUCUGGAAGAUGACGCUUUCUUCACUGGCGAGAAGAUGUCGGAUAUCUACGUUAAAGGAUGGUUAAAGGGUCCAGAAGAUUGUCAAUGCACGGAUAUUCACUAUCGGUCACUCACAGGAGGUAAUUUCAACUGGAGAUUCAUUUAUCCUUUUGAUUACAUGGUCGCUGAGCAAAAAAUCGUCAUCUCACGCAAAGAAUCGCUUUUCUCGUGGGAUGAAACCGAAUGUAAAAUACCAGCGAGGUUAGAACUGCAGGUUUGGGAUGCUGAUCACUUUUCGGCUGAUGAUUUCCUCGGGGCAAUUACCCUCGACCUUAAUAGGUUUCCCCGAGGAGCGAAAUCGUCGAAAUUAUGCACGUUGGAAAUGCUCAAGUCCGACUGCGUACCGAUGGUUAACAUAUUUAAACAGAAACGCGUCAAAGGCUGGUGGCCCUUCUUCGUUAAGAAGGAUAAUGAAGAUCUAGAGUUGACUGGAAAAGUCGAAGCGGAAUUUCAUUUACUGACCAAAGACGAAGCGGAGAAAAAUCCAGUCGGGUAUGGAAGAGGUGAACCGGAUGCACUUGAAAAACCAAAUCGACCAGAUGCAUCAUUCAUGUGGUUCCUGAACCCGCUCAAGUCGAUACGUUACAUCAUCUGGCACAAUUACAAAUGGAAGAUUCUCAAACUGUUGAUUAUCCUCGCUGUGGCGAUUAUAAUUUUGCUGUUUGUGUACGCUGUGCCUGGAUAUACAGUGAAGAAAAUGAUGGGCGCUUGAAGAAUAUCAAACGAUAUCAUAAUAACAUUAAAACUCCAAUUUUAACGUAGCUGACAAGAUAAUACUAGUUGUAAUUACGAAUAUUUAUUAUUGUUAUUGUUUCUUAUAGAAGCACUUCAACUGAGCAAGCCGAAAUUAUAGUUGCAGGAGUUUUAGCUUUUAACUUAAUAGUAUACAUAUAUAUUGUUAAUGAAAUUUGGAUUGCUCAGGUCGAUAUUGUAAAUUAUCAAAAUGUAACAUAAUGUGAUGCAAUCAUUAUACCCAGAUCACUAAUUGCAAAGUACAAAACAUGUGAACUUGCAGUAUUUCUCAUGUCUGAAUCAGUCUUCUUUGAAAUCAAUCAAUAAUUUUUAUUAUACUCGCUAGUAAAAUGUGCUGACGCAUUAUUUUAUAUAUUUUAUGAAAUAAUCUCAAUUAAGAUUAUGACUUUGUUUUUUUAGCUUUAACUAAGUUGGUGUGAUUAUCAUUAUCUUAUUGAGUUGGACAGGUUCAGAUAGUGAUAAUUACUGUACACGCACUUCAAACACAUACAUGUAAGCAAGUUGUAAGUAAUCAAUAUGAAUCAGUGAAUACAGAAUCACACAUUUGACCUAACUAAUAAUAAUUAUUGUUAACAAAUAUGUAAUGUUAUUGAUGCAUAGCAUACAAUCGUGCGCAGAUAAGUCUCACAUAAAUUACAAUUUAAAUAAACAUUAUUUAUUCAUUAA